GGGGAAAAAAAAUCUUGAACAAAGACACUCCAUAUUCGCGAAGCCCAACGAGAACAUCAUGGACCCAUACAAUCCGCCGUCGCUCGACUCAGACGAUACGGUCUACAGCGCUGAUAGUAUUGAGUUCUGCCCGUUUCAAAGCCACGCCAAUCUCCUCGUCUGUGGCACUUAUCAACUUGCCAAGGACGAAACCGAGGAACAGGCCUCUGACGAGCCAUCUGAUUCGCCAUCGAAGAUCUCAAAGGGCUCUGGCGAUAGCGAUGAUGAUGAUGAUGAUGAUGAUGAUGAAGCAGUGGAGGCCAAAACUGAAAAGCCAAUGCUUCGGCUCGGAAGACUCCUCGUUUACGAUAUUGAAGGCGGCAACGACGAUUCACGGCAACUGAAGAGCACAGCAUGUACUGAGACAGCUGCUAUCCUGGACAUGAAAUGGUCGCAUCAGUUGGUCAACGGAAACCCAACACUAGGCGUGGCAGACGCUUCUGGUGCUCUCUCGCUAUACCAGUUCAAGAGCGGCGGAAAUGAUUUGGAGAUCAUCACAAAGUACCAGACAAACACAGAGAAAAAGCUGGCGCUGUCUUUGGAUUGGUCGAACCGCGUUCAUGCCAGCGAGAGUCCUCGGAUCGCUAUAUCAUUGAGCAAUGGCGACAUUACGAUCCUAGAUCUCGACGCUACUUCUUCAUCACUGACGGAAAACUUGACCUGGCACGCGCACGAUCUGGAGGCAUGGAUUGUUGCCUGGAACUAUCAUGACACAAAUGUGCUCUACACUGGAGCGGACGACUGUAGGCUUAAGGGAUGGGACAUGAGAAUGGACUGUAGCUAUGCUACUUUCACUAGCAAAGCGCACCAGAUGGGAGUCUGCAGUAUCCAGUCUAAUCCUCAUGACGAACACAUCCUGACCACUGGAAGCUACGAUGAGAACGUGCUGAUCUGGGAUACUCGGUCGAUGCGGCAGCCUCUGUCGAUGACCGAAACUGGUGGAGGAGUAUGGCGCUUAAAGUGGCAUCCAACUCGAAAGGAUGUUCUCCUAGCAGGGUGCAUGCACAACGGCUUCCAUGUCCUUCACUACGAUGAAUCCUGGACAACCGGCAUCAUCGAAUCGAGUUUCAUGGACCACGAGAGUCUUGCAUAUGGUGUUGACUGGUCCUAUGCGCCGACAGAAACGCCUUCGGAGCUGCCUCUGGUCGUGAGCUGCUCGUUUUAUGACCAUCUGAUCCAUCUCUGGCGCCCUAAGAGAAUGCAGUUGAAUCAGUGAAAUCAGUUUUUGUGCAACAGGAAAUAAAGACGCCACUAAUUUUGCGCCAAUAUGAU